UCCAUCCAGCUUAGACUAGGCUGCUGCUCUAGGGGGAGGAAAGCUUUGACACUGCAGCGUACAGAGAUAAUAAUGGGGAAUGCACAGGAUAAGCCCUCUGGAUCCGGGGGGGCUAAAACGGACCAGUCCACCCCAGGAUUCAGGAGGAGAAGCAGAGCCGGGAGUACGGAGAAGCCCAAGGCAGGGAAGGGUCCCCCAGAGAAGGGGUCGAUGGCCAACGGAGCCACCCAGGGGGACAGGAACCAGAGUAAGGACAUCCCACCAGACACCAGCUAUCUGGACGCCCCCGCUGGAGCUCUGCCGCCCCACCUGGGCCGGCUCAAGAACGAGGGUAACCACCUCUUCAAAAAAGGACAGUUUGCAGAUGCUGUGGAGAAAUACUCUGCAGCCAUCGAUGGCUGCUGUGACGCAGGUAUAGAGAGUGGAGAGGACCUGUGUAUUCUCUACUCUAACAGAGCUGCUUGCUACCUGAAGGAUGGGAGCAACACAGAGAGUAUCCAGGACUGCACCAGGGCAUUGGAUCUUCAGCCCUUCUCCCUGAAGCCCCUCCUCCGCAGGGCCACGGCCUAUGAGUCAAUGGAACGUUACCGACAGGCCUACGUGGAUUUUAAGACUGUUCUGCAGAUAGACAUCGGGGUGCAGGCGGCACACGACAGUGUCCACAGGAUCACCAAGCAGCUUAUUGAGCAAGACGGCCCUGACUGGAGACAGAAGCUUCCGGAGAUCCCUCUAGUCCCACUGUCAGCUCAGCAGCACCACAGGCAGAAAGACCCCAGCGCUGAGCUGGUCCAGGCUAGAGAAGCCAAAAAAGCAGAGGCUCGCUUUGCCUCUCUCAAAACAGAAGGAAAUGAGCAUGUGAGGAAAAGCCAGUUCCAUGACGGUCUAGAAAAGUACAGUGAAUGCCUUAAGAUCAAACCUGACGAGUGUUCCUGCUUUACCAACAGAGCCAUCUGUUAUCUGAGACUGGGUUGUUUUGAAGAGGCCAGACAGGACUGUGACUCCGCCCUCAAGCUGGAACCAACCAAUAAGAAGGCCUUCUAUAGACGGGCGCUGGCGUUUAAAGGCUUACAGGACUACCUGUCUUCCAGCAGUGACCUCCAGGAGGUGUUACAGCUGGACCCCAACGUCCACGAGGCUGAACAGGAGCUGGAGACUGUGACAGGGCUGCUCAGACAGAGCCUCAUGGACGGAGCCCAACUCACACCCAGGGUAGAUACCCAACUCACACCUAGGGUAGAUACCCAACACACACCCAGGGUUUGAUGGCAGAGAUGAGACUGCCACAGGAGACUGUAUAGGAGGCUGAUGAAGAGAGAGACUGAUGGAGACCUGGGAAGGCUGUUCAGGCCUCAUCAUCCCUCACAGAGUUGACAUGAACUAAGGUGAACUAUGCUGGAUGUUGGGCUCUGACUCCAUCUGCCUUCAAAGAGCAUCAUUAAAGCAUUGCGUCGACAACGGCAGAGCGUUGUUCAAUAAUUCACAGCAGGCAGCUGCAUCCUUCAUUUCCAUUCUGGAGACUCUAAAGAUACUUUAGAUGCAAUGCAGCUUCUUACAUUUACAUUUGUCAUUUAGCAGAUGCUCUUAUCCAGAGAGACUUACAGUAGUGAGUCAUUUAGCAGACUCUCUUAUCCAGAGAGACUUGCAGUUAGUGCAUUCUUUACCUCAGCAUGCUCAGACCCCCUACAGCAACACACUGUAGAGAAAGGGUGCGUCACAAAUGAUGCCCUACUCUAUAAAGUAAACUAUGUUUGACCAGGGCUCAUAGGUCUAUAAUCAAAUGUAGUGCACUAUAUAGGGGAUAGGGGUGCCAUUUGGGACUCAGACCCAAAAUCCUAAAAGCUAGGAGUGACUAGUUUUGCAGAACUAUUUGAUUUCUUCCCACUAACAGCAGAUUAUGCAGACCGGCGGUAUUACAGAUUGGAGAAGCGAUCGACAGAAGCUCUAGAAGCACACUGGAACACAAUGUGGGAGAGAUGUGGUGUGCCUUAUUGAGAUUCAAGUUGAACCAUAUAUUUGGGAAAUGUAAUCUGAACCUCAGAGAAAUAACAUCCUUGCAUAUAUGUAAUAAACUGCUGCUUUGAUACACUGCAGAGUAUUUUACAUGAGGAAACCAAAAAAUAUGUUGCCACUGUAUUGACAGUCAUGCAUGUACCUUUUCAACCUUUAAAGGGCACUGUUGGCUAAUGAAUGCAUAAUGAAAGAUGGACAACUGUGUAUAUCAUGUACUGUAUGCUUUUAAUCUCAGGUUCAGUCUUGAACAUGACCAUGAUUGUAUGGUAAAUGUUAGCUCUGGUCCAUGGCGUUAGAGGAAUUGUAACGGCCUGGACCAGAGCUAGGUAAAUGUGUAUAGUAGUCAAACACUGAUCUGCUAGUUUUCAGAUGUUGCUCUACUGCUUUAUAAAAUCCCCAAACCCCCUUCAGAUAGUAAUCUGUUGAGUUAGAGAUCAACCCCCUUCAGAUAGUUAUCUGUUGAGUUAGAGAUCAACCCCCUUCAGAUAGUAAUCUGUUGAGUUAGAGAUCAACCCCCUUCAGAUAGUAAUCUGUUGAGUUAGAGAUCAACCCCCUUCAGAUAGUUAUCUGUUGAGUUAGAGGUAUUUCAGUUAGUGUCUGAAACUGAUUAAUAACAAGCUGCGUGUGUUGAAUAUAUUGUGAAUGUUCUGCUUUCACCACAGAUUGGUCUAUUUAGAACAUAGACCCCUCUGAGGUGGUUGUUCAUGAUUAAACACUUCUGCUUUGUACUGUA